CGUCAAUUCCGUCUGAAAAACACUGUUAACACUCUCCUUCUCCGACCGCCACCUGCUUGGUUAAUCUCUACACCUGCCACACUAUCUCGCAGUCAUCACCAUGCUGCACUCUUUCUAUGGCAUGAAUGCUGCGCGGCUAAACAGUGUCACCGCGACCCUGCAACGGAUGCAGGACGACCCCGAAGCUGUCCAACGCAGCAUAAGACGUUUCGACGACGACCCUCCACCUCCCUACUCCCCCGCCAGCAGCACUAGGCUGCCGACUCCAGCCCUAACUGUACGUUCGCAACUCACGGCGCACGAGACGGACGAACUCAUUCGCCGACCCCUGAACAACGACGAACGCGAUUAUUACCGGCGCACCUUUCAUGCCUACGCCCCAGAACAUCAGUUUUUUGUCGAAUCCGGGAAAGAGCGCGAACAUAUACUAGCCGAGUCGCUCAGACGAGACUCAGAGGGCCGUUACGUAUACCGCGGGCCCGAUAUCAGCAAACGUCCUGGGGACCAGCGGUUGGACAUCAUGGUCCGAAAUGGCAUCAGAAAACGUUGGGAGUCUCUUGGUGUUUGGAAUCCAGAAUGGGGUAUACCAGGCCGUGUGAAGAGAGGAGACAACGACAAUUCCAACAGGUGGAACUGGAAGUGGUCCAGCCCUCGUCGAGCUCGAAACUUCUAUAAACAGCCGUUCGAGGUGCAGGUGGCGAGUUGGCCGCCUCAAGAGGAGGAAUAUCCGGAUGAACGUGCAAUCCGACAGCACCUUGAGAGGAAAGGUGAAUGGUCCGAACUACAGACGCCGCCCCAUCCAGACACCACCGCGGCGACCCAUGGCAAUAUCGAUCCUGACGAUUCUCGCAUCACAACUCGACCAUGGUACCAGUGGAAACUCGAAGUCCGGGAAGCAGCCAUCAGGUCAGCCAGAGUUCAGCGGGCUUCUGGUUUUCAUGGUUUGCCAGACUGCGAGAAGGCUGCGGUGAACAUCACAGAGCGGUGGAAGGCCAACGGGGACUGGAAGGACAGUUGGGGCGAUUCUCCGGGGUGGAAGUGGAAGCACGAGUCCCCUUCUCCAGAACCCGAGGACCCUAAUGAGAUGGACUUUAGUCCGUCUGAGAUUGACGCUCUCGAAUCGAUUCCACCUCCAACGCCUCCUUCGCCUUUUAACCCUACGGGUGAACACCCCGAUCCAGUAGUCGCAAGGGCAGCACGUCUUAUCUUUGGGCAUCUGAAGCCUGGUGAACCUCUCUGGCCUACGUCGGCACAGUCAGGCGAGGAGCCACAAACAAAUGAUCAGAACAAGGCUAAUAGUACAGAAGGCCUGGACGACAGUUCGGACGUGCCGGAUGGGUCUCCAUCGCCUUCGCAAAACCAUCUCUCGACCGCGCUUAGAACGAGAUCGCUUCGGAAACGCAAAAGAGACGACGAGAGCGGCAUGCACGCUCGUGAAUCUUCGCCACCUCAAAUAAUGCACGCGGGUUCUCGACAGCAGAAGCGGUCUCGUACCGGACGCUCUGCCAGCCAGCCUCUUCAGCAACCGGCUCAAACCGUGGAAUCUAGCGGUACGGUUACGCAUGGCCAGCCGCAGGUCAAGAAAGGGCGCACGCACGCGACGAGGGUGCAGCCGCUGCCUGAGCCGCGGAGAAGUGCACGAAUAGCUCAGCUUCAAAAGGCGAGAGCAAGGUCAGUUCAGAGUGCCAAGGCGGGGUUAACGCGCAAGCGCAGAGAAACUGGCGCUCCUCGAGCGGCCCUAAGGACCAAGAGAUCAAAUUCGAAGCGCCCCAAAACCCUGAGCCUAACAGACAAUCGGCAUCAAAGGCCAGUGCCAAAAGGUGCGGAAACACGGACAGGAGGAGGUCGUCGGUUAAGGCCGUCUUGACGGCAA